AAGCAUCUGUCAUACCUAGUAUCGGAAGAAUUAUCGUGAAGUUCAAAAAUCUUCAAACCUCAUCAUCUACGGUACACCAUUGCUCUCGUAAACCGCACAAAUACAGUCAAGUUGCCCAUCAUGUCAUCAUCAAGAGCUCUCCGUCUUCAAUCGGCCCUCCGAAACCCCACCCUCCGCACCUCCGCACAACUUGCACCCCGCCGGGGCUACGCCGUCAAGGAGCCCCCAGCACCAAACCCCAUCAACCCGAGCGGUUCAGCGCCGUCACGCCCGACUCCGUCCCCAUCAAACCCCAAAGUCGGAACCAAGCCAGAUGAAAUAAGCAACAGAAGUGCACUCUACCUCGUCCUCGGCGCCGCCGCAGCACUGGGCGGCACCUUCGCCUUCCUGACCGGCGCCCCAGACCGCGCCGCAGGCGUCGCGGACUCCGUCACCCGCGGCGGUCCUUCCAUCACGCCCGGCCUGGGACCUAAACCCUCGAGCGAGCGGAAUCUGGAGAACACGACGGGGCGGGACGCGAAUCGGCAGACGGGGUUGGCAGGGAUAAAGAGCAAGCAGACGGAUCCGAACCAGCUGCAGGCGAGCAAUUGAGCAAGACUAGCUUGAUGGUAAUAAAGAUGUUGUCCGGGUAGAAGGACACCUGUAAUUGUACGCGCAGCAGACUUGCGAUUGAAGUCACGCUCAGAUUGUCUUCACAACGUAAUAUUGCCCCC